AUGGAGUUCAAAUUCGUCCCGGAGCCCUACGCCAGCGAAAUCCAAAUGUACGUCAGGCAGCGGCGCGAACACAUAGCCCUCUACUCCACACUAGCCGACGUCCGCGCCGAGCUGCUGCGCCGCGUGCCCGUCACGCCCAACGAGCUGCAGCCCGUCGACUUGUACCCGCGGGGGCGGGCCAUGCUCAACGAUGAUGAUUACCUCUCGGUGCUGCGGGACAUGUUCAACCUGAGCGCGGUUCUGGAUGAUAUGGAGCUCACGGGGGCGCCCCCAUACCACAAUAAGGGCCACUACGUGAGCAGAGGGGGACAUUGA